UGGUAUCCAUAAAAAAAGAACACAUGCUUUUGACAAGAAUUCAGCAGAGAUCUGCCUGUUGUUUGAAUUUCUUUCAUUUGAAGGACAGUUAUGUGAUUGGGUUAAAAUUAGCUCUACUGAGUGGAGCGUUAGUAUUUCUCUCUUUCGAUUUUGGACGGGAUCGGUCAUGUUAAAUAUAAAUUCUGACAUGUUUGAGUUGACCAAAGUCAUGAAACCUUUUGAGUUUUGAAUUUACUCCAGCCACUUGCCGCAUGCUUGCGCUUAGGCCUAACAGUAACAGGCCCAAGCAUCAUUUCAUUCCUUGGUGAUUCAGUAUGAUGGCUGGAAGUGUCAAAGCCAUCGACAGGCAGUCAGUGCAUCGGAUCUGCUCUGGACAGGUUGUCCUCAAUCUAGCCACUGCCAUUAAGGAGCUGGUGGAGAAUGCACUGGACGCUGGUGCCACAAACAUAGACAUCCGUCUGAAGGAACAUGGCUCAGAUAUCGUUGAGGUUACAGACAAUGGCUCGGGAGUAGAGGAGAGCAACUUCCAGGGACUAACCCUGAAGCACCAUACCUCCAAACUGAGGGAUUUCUCAGACCUCACCAGCGUCGACACAUUUGGAUUCCGUGGGGAAGCUUUGAGCUCCCUGUGUGCCCUGAGUGAUAUGACCAUCGUUACCUGCCACAAGUCGGCAAGUGUGGGUAGCAGGUUGGAGUACGACCACAACGGCAGGCUGAUCAAGCAGACGCUUUGUCCAAGACAGCCUGGAACGACAGUCACGCUACAGAAUCUUUUCUCCACCCUGCCUGUCAGACACAAGGAAUUCCUCCGGCAUUUGAAGAAGGAGUUUACGAAGAUGGUUCAAUUGCUGCAGGCCUACGGUAUCGUCAGCUCAGGUGUCAAGCUGACAUGCACCAACCAAGUUGGGAAAGGAAAACGCUCUCCGGUUCUGUCAACAAGCGGCAACGCACUGUUGAAAGAGAACAUAGCCAAUGUUUUUGGACCAAAGCAGCUUCAAAGUUUGCUGGAAUUUUCCCAAACAUCUCCAAAUGCUGAACAGUGUGAAGAAUACGGAAUAACAGAGCACCAACUCCAAGACAAGCUCUUCAAACUUACAGGCUACAUUUCCAAGAGUGACCACGGACAAGGACGGAGUAGUUCUGACAGACAGUACUACUAUAUCAACAAGAGACCAUGCGACUUUGCAAAGGUCUCCAAGCUUGUGAACGAGGUGUAUCACAUGUACAACCGUCAUCAGUACCCAUUUGUGGUUCUGGAUAUCUCCCUCGCCAAAGAGUCUGUGGAUGUGAAUGUAACACCAGACAAACGGAAGAUUUUUGUUCUUGAAGAAAAGAGCUUGUUAGCUAUGCUGAAGGCUUCGUUACAGCUGAUGUUUGAGCCGCGGUCUGCCCUCUAUGACCUGAACUCUCAGAUCAAGUCCUCAUUAGGGACCAACCGUGGAAAGACUGAGACAGGAGGAGUGUCCAGCCCGAUCAUUAGACCAUCACUAAGCACAGGAGCAACACCUGAAGGAUGUCAACCAGACUACAGAGGCCUCAAAGGGACACUUGCUGGAUUAAAAAGGUCUUUUUCACAUGCAGGCAGCAGCGCUGAUAGUAGUUGCAAAGAAGCAGAACCAAGACCAUCCAAACAACCGAGGUUGGAUGCCUUCCUGUUGAAAAGGUCAGUCACGGCACCAGCUAGAACAUCGCAAAGUCUUCCCUCUACGCUACAAAAUCACACCAGUGAAACUCAUCAGCUUACCAGGACUAGUGAAGAUAAUUCUUCUCAGUGUGAAGAGAAUUUUACAGAAGUUACGACUGAUGAAGACACUUGUGUUGGAAAGGUUGCGCAAACUGACAAAAAAUACGAGUCAGAUGGUGACCCAAAUGAGUCAAUAAAUGAGCAACUGAGUACUGACCUUAGGAGUCGCAUUGAAACCAACACAAAAGGAUUCUCAGAUCCCACAGAGUGUGGAGAAAUUAGUCUAACCCUACCAACGACCAACAGUCUGUCUGAAGAAAUCUCUCCUGACAGUGACCUCAAACAAGAUGGCAGCCCAACUCUUGACAGCAACUUGGAAAAGGUUUCAGAGAAACACGUUGACAGAAUCCAGACAGCCAGCUCUGACACAAAACAUGACGAGUUACAAGGCAAUCAUAUAGGUGCCAUUUUGCAAAAUGAAACAUCAAGUCCAACAUCUGGUGAAGAAAAUGUAGGACUUCCUGUGAAAACAGAAGAUGAAAGGACUACAUCUGAUGAAACAAGAAGUCAGCAGAGAGUAAUUGUAAUGGACGACUCCAGUUUUCAGGCUACCACAUCAAGGAGGGAAGUCAGGGUGCCGUUUUCAAUGGACAUGCUGUCCAGCAGGCUUAAAGAGAAACAAGAUUCUCAGGGCAGUCCCCGAGCUUUGAAUCGCACCUUCAAGGCAGUUAUAACCCCUGCGGACAACAGCACCGCAGAGGAGGAACUCAAGAAACAUGUCAGCAAAGACAUGUUCCCAUGCAUGCAGAUAUUAGGCCAAUUCAACCUGGGAUUCAUCAUAGCCAAGUAUGAUAGAGACUUGUUCAUCAUUGAUCAGCAUGCCACAGAUGAGAAAUACAACUUUGAGAUGUUGCAGAGACACACAGUACUACAAGGACAGAAACUUAUCCAACCAAUGGCAUUGGAGCUGACUGCUGUGAGCGAGUCCGUUCUGAUUGACAACUUGGAAAUCUUCAGGAAGAAUGGAUUUGAUUUCAACGUCGACCCAGAAGCCACACCCACCCAAAGGGUCAAGUUGACAUCUUUGCCCAUGAGCAAGAAUUGGACAUUUGGCAAGGAGGACAUCGAUGAAGUCAUCUUCAUGCUCAGUGAUUCCCCGGGAGUGAUGUGCCGGCCGAGCAGAGUACGUCAGAUGUUUGCCUCACGGGCCUGCCGCAAGUCCAUCAUGAUCGGAACGGCACUCGACAAACGAGAGAUGAGAAAGUUGGUGAAUCAUAUGGCAGAAAUUGAACAACCAUGGAAUUGCCCACAUGGGCGGCCCACAAUGAGACACCUCUUUAAUCUGGACAUGCUACCCGACUGAACCCUGCGAUAUACAAGAUAGGAUCUCCUGUGUUUUUUAGCCAUGCAAGAAGCAAAUACAGAGAGCUAUCAAUAGCAGAUUCAUGUGUAACAUUAGAGGGCUUAAAUGCCCAAUAUGGAGGGUUUGCAUGACUGCCAUGUUGCAGGCUAAUGCUUUUGUUCCACAGGUGAUGCACAAAGGAAGUUUCCUUGUGGAACAAAAGAACUACCCUGCAUGAUGGCUACCAUGCAAAGCCUCUGUAACAGACUGGUGGUCAUUCUUUUCUGAAGCAUCGAUUGGCACAGAGUAAUCACAGAUUUCAUUUCCUACUUUUUUACUGCACUGAACUAUUUUGUUUAGAAUCUGCCGGUGGAUUAUCGUCCAUGGCUACACUUGUUUCCCAUUUUUAAUAUCAUGCACAGUUGUCUUAAAUUGAACAAUCUCUUCUUUUGUUGGGACCUUGUCCAUGUGCGCCACCUCUUUCGAGUCUUAUUUUCUCCAUGCUAUGCCUUUUGUCCUGCUCUGCGAUUCAAAUUCACAGGGACCAAAAUCCUACAAAUGCAGGGUUUAAGGCUUUUUUGAAAAAGAGAGUUUUCAUGUUUGCAGAUGCCAGCAUGGAAUCCCAUUUUCUGCUGUUUUGUGAGAGCCCGUGCACAUGUACAUCCCUUAAGAGAGUAUCAUUUGCUGUAAUGAUUUUUAGAUGUUUUUAUGUCCUGAUUUUUUUAAAUUAAAAACACAGAUUAAUUAAGUAGCCUGCUUUAGUAGUCUUACAUUUGCAUCAACGGGCUGCAUUCCGUAUUGUUAAAGGAAAAUCACACCCAUACAAAUUGGAACACUUGGCCAGGCCAUUUGUCUUUUUCUAGAAAUUUAAUAUUUUUACAUGCGAUAUUUAAUUAAAAAUUAGAUGAGACAGACUCUUAAUAUUUUUCAUCACUGCAUCAGGUGUUCAAUAAAUGUGACUUUAAAAAAGAUUGCAUUCAAAAUAAAUAGUUCACUACAGUAAAACUACACGUUAAGCAAUUUCACGUCCACGCAGGUACCCUGGAAAGUUACCACUUCAAAGGACUAGCCAUGUUGACUUGGUGAAAAAAAGGUCUAAGGUUAGAAGCUGGAUGGAUGUCAUUGGUUGCCAUGGGCCGCGGAAAGGCCAAUUCCUGCAUCUGAUAGGCUGAGCUAUGGGAACAUCUACAAAUCUGAAAAUGUUUCCCCAAACAUCCAAGAACCAUGUCACAGAUUAGAUCCUCCAAGAAGAAAUUCACAACUGUUAUAGACAAUUAUAGAAUAGACGAUUUGUACUCUGAGAAAUGCCCUGCAAACUGUCUGCUUUAAAUAUUCGCUAAUGUACUGAAUUAUUGAAACAAAAGUGGAAUUACGGUAACGAGUGGGUUGUCUACAGAAAAGUUGUGGUUCUGCUGUGUUGAAUCAAAUACACUAAGAAUACUUUCAUACAUUUUAAUACAUAAUUUUGAUAUUGCAAAAAUGUGUAUGCAACUUUGAAAUUUAAAUAGUCUAUCAUACACAGCACUAUGCCUCUUUCUCAAAUCUCAACUUCAUCUCAGUUGUGGCUUUGGCUUUAUUUUUAGUUCCCUGAGGAUGUAAUGCCAAUUCAAUAUGAUUUAGUGUUUUGCUUCCGAAAUGCAGACACCACAAUAUAAUAUGCCAUGCCUUUUCAA